CGUCAGAAUUUCAAGAUGGCGGACAAAGAUUACAUGCCGAAGUUAAAUGUUGAGAAAGACUUGACUCCCGAGCAGAGAUCUCAAAUAUAUUACAUGAAUAAAGUUCAUAGAGAAAAUGUGGAGAGGGUUAUGAAGUUAAAGAGACUUAGAAAGCGUAAUUUAAGCACUGGCUUGCUUCUUGGAGGAGCGGUUCUGGGUAUAUAUGCGUACUCAAUGAUAGCGGUCAAACAAGAGAAAUUUUUAGAUGAAUUAGACAUCCCGACCGAAAAGGAACUGCAGACGUGAAGCAAUAAAAAUGCACUCCAUAAUAUCAAAUUAGAAUUUUUACAUGCCAGAAGAUAUGUUAAUUGUAUUUGGAGUUUUUCUUGUAAAUAGAACUGUACAAUAACUGAACUUUGUAAUGUGUUCUUCACCAAAAAUUAUGAAUAAAAGUCA